AGGAGCUUCUGAGGGGCGCAGGGCGGUCCCUCAUCUUCUGCCCCUGCCUUUCCACCCGCAGCCCCCACCAGCCUCUUGGCGCAGGGCUCGUGCGUAACGCGCAGGAGAGACUGCCCAGCAAGGGGGAUCGGGCACCUGAAACUCAAGCUCUGUGUAGUUCAGCGGGCGCUGCGCUGAGGAAAAUGUGACUUUACAGGCUGUCUGAAAUAGCCCGCCUGACACCUCUGGGCCCGACCGCUCCUUGCCGAGAUGAAAGUGCCGCUCGGCGGGGCUUCCUCAGCCCGAGGGGCCGCCCAUUGGAAGCACUGUAGAAAAAACCACGGUGUCAGCUGGGGUUUAAGUGCUAUAUAUAGCAUGUGGACAAGACUACAGACUCCCUGCAUCUGUCUUUGACCAAGAGAAUACCUGAGACAGUUGCUCCAGGCUGCUCGUCACCGAAAUAGUUAACGGCACCCCACUCUAAAGGUCAGCCUUGUAGCUUUGGAAGACGAACUUCUUCUGAUCCCUGCUGUUAUAGUGGUUAAUACUGUUAGCUGCGAGUGAAAUAGAAGAGGUUACAAUGUAUCAGAAAUUGUUUUACAAAAAGUAGAAAGCUAAUGGCAAUGUUACUCAGAGCUGGUUACUGUAACAGAAGAACUAGCUGUGAGAUGGAGCUGCGUGGCCUUGCUUUUGCUGCUUGGGUGUUCAUUUGCUUCUACGCACCUGUGGAUGGCUAUCCCAAUGGAAAAGUAAGAGGAGCCUGCACUAGCAUGAUACCUUGUCAUGGCAGCUCUCCACAGCUGACACCUGAGCACACCAUUACAUUGAAUGGGACUGAAUUUAAACCAGGGGACAUUAUAGAAGUUUCUUUGUCUGGACCAGAUUUUGAAGGAUUUUUCAUCCAAGCCCGGGAUGCAGAAGACCUGGAUAGCCCUGCAAUCGGUUCUUUCAUGUUAGUUGACAGGAGAGUUUCUCAGCUUCUGACAUGUGGCCGUACCAAGAAUUCAGCUGUCAGUCACACAAGUAAAGCAAAAAAGAAAUAUGUAAAAGUUUAUUGGAUUGCUCCUGGAGAUGCACCAAAGCAUGUACAGUUUCUAGCCACAGUUGUAAAGAAAUACAGAAUUUUCUGGGUGAAGGUUCCUGGUCCCAUUGUUUCUCAGCCUAAUGCACCAUCCCCAACAGCACCCCUGCAUGCAACAUCAGAGGCCAUAUCAACUGUACAUCCAUUUUCCUACUUAUCAAAGCCAUUUAAUGCAUCAGGUUGUGGAAGUACAAAGUUCUGCAUUAGAAACCCUUCAAACUGUGAUCCUGGAAGUACUUCUUGUUUUUACCUAUCCUUCAAACGAGAGAAGAGUUCCGUAUUAAUUGAAAUGAGUGGUCCAAGUGAAGGGUAUUUAGCAUUUGCAUUGUCCCAUGACCAGUGGAUGGGUGGUGAUGAUGCAUAUCUGUGCAUUAAUGAGGACCACCGUGUUCAUGCAAGCACUGCCUAUCUGAAGGGGCGAAGUCCUCCUCUUUUGGAUUCAGAGAAUGCCCUUGAAGAUGUGUCAUGGAGGCUCGUGGAUGGUGUUCUUCAAUGUUCUUUCAGAAGGAGUAUGUCUCUUCCUGCUUACAAAGGGAGAUUUAAUCUGGAUUCCAGUUACUACAUCUUCAUGGCAGAUGGGGAAGUUAAUGAAGGUGGAUUAAUAUACAAACAUCAUCGUCAGCCUCUGAUCACCAGUGGAAUGUACAAUGUCAUGGGCCUUCCUCAGGAUAUCGGAGGUUCCCGGUCCCCAUGGCUUAUCAAGGCUCAUGGAGCGCUAAUGUUUGUUGCUUGGAUUACCACAGUUAGUGUUGGUGUUAUUGUUGCACGAUUUUUCAAGCCUGUCUGGUCUCAUUCACUGCUGUUUGGAAAGGAGAUGUGGUUUCAGGUGCAUCGCUUGCUUAUGUUGACCACAGUCAUGCUUACAAGCAUUUCUUUUGUGUUGCCUUUUAUAUACCGAGGAGGUUGGAGUCGACAAGCAGGUUUUCAUCCCUAUCUCGGGUGUACUGUGGUUGCUCUGACAAUCCUUCAACCACUUAUGGCAGGUUUCAGACCAUCUCGUCAUGCGCCAAGGAGGCAAUUGUUUAACUGGUUUCACUGGGGUACUGGGACAACAGCUAGAAUACUAGCUGUAGUGACUAUGUUCUUGGGAAUGGAUCUUCCAGCACUUGACCUACCAGACCCAUGGGACACCUAUACAAUGAUUGGUUUUGUAACUUGGCAUGUCAGCAUCGAUGUUCUUCUGGAAAUACACAGCUACUGUCUCGUACGUAAAGCUGAAGUGAUAGAGGAUGACAGAAUACAGAUACUGCAGUCACUCACCUCUGCAGAAGCAGAGGGUCGUCUGUUUAAACAGGUUGUGUUAAUCAUCUAUGUCUGUGGAAAUAUAAUAUUCCUUAUUGCCUUCUUGGCAGCAAUCAGCCAAAUAUGAAACAAGUAAUUGAGAAUUUUGUGAUGAAAUAUUGUACAGCUGAAAAAACCUGCAAGGAAUGAAUUCUUUCAUGACUUCUCUCAACACCUCACUGAAGAUGUAACUGAAGAUUGAUAGCAUAUGUGUGUCAUGCUCAGUGUUAGGGAGAACUUGAAUUCAAAACCACAGAAGGAUGCUGCAGUCCUGCAAAAGCUGGCUUCUGAUGGGACUUUUAAUGGGAGUCUUUGCAUGAGUAAGGAAUGAAGUCUCUAUUUUCUAAUUGUAAUAAUUACUUGAUUGAUGCUUAUAGGUUAAGAUGACUGAGAAGAUGGGCUGAAAAUGCUGUUUUGAUAGUUACCCAAACCUCUUGUGAACAUUAUUGGGAAAACUGGAAAAGAUGGAUCUAGAAUCUAGAAUAUCUGUUCACUUUACUGUGAAAACUUCUUGCUUGUGGCUGUUCUGUGUGUUAAAAAAACCCAAAACUUAGUGAAAAACUGUCACAAAUGCAGAUUUAUGUAUGAGCCAAACGCUGUUGUCUGUCUUUGCAGUUAAAUGCAAAAAAAUUUCUCUGCUCUAAGAGCAGUACACAUACACAAGCAUAUGAGUUUGGGAAAUUCAGUCCUUUAAUGAAAAACACCACUUGCGUCUCAAAAUACUGUUCUGUCCCAGCCCACUGAGUGCUUCUAAACUAUAAAGAGAAAAUGUGUUUGCAAUAUGAGUGCAUGAAAAACAGUUGUACUUACCUUAAAACUUAAACAGGAAGAACCUAUCUGUUUUUGUGGAUUUCUGUUUUGCUGUCUUUGUUUGCUAGUGGCUUCUGAAUUAUUUAUCUGUGUGAAUAAGAAGGGUUUUCUGCUUGAUGCCUAGAUCAAAUGAAAAUACUUGCUCAGGAAUGUUGUAGUCGUUUUUGCACUAUGGAGCAAAAUAUAGAUUUAGAAGUUGGUUUGACUUCAGGAAAAGCAGCUUCAAUUUAUGUUGAGUGAGUCCUUUGAGUUGGUGUAUCUAGGAGACAGAACUGUCUACAAGAAUAUGGGAAGGCAUUACGUUAGUAAAAAAAGGUUUAUAGAAAUAUAUGAACUAGAUACAGGAAAUGGAAAGAGUUUAACUUUUUUUGAUUCAUGAUUUGCUUAAGUAUGGAAUGACACUCUGGAAAGGGCAUUUCAGAAAUCAACCCUUAGUAUUCCAUGCAGUACAGUACUUGGCAUCUGUUUUUUGCAGCUCUGAAGGGUUUGCUUCCAUGCUGGUUUUUUUUUUUUUUAACAGGAAGGUAUUGAUUUUUAGUUGUAAAGCUUCAAAAUGUCUUCAGCUUAGGGCUGCCAAGCUAGCUGGGAGUGAAGGCGUUGGAGUAUUGGAUAGAAUAGUAAACAGCAAAAUCAAACUUGGUAUAUACUUUCACAACAUUGUCUCUUUGCUAACUGAUGGCCAGCUCUAAAACGCUGGUAUAUGUGGGCUGAGUAGUGGUUCUCUCUGUUUACUAAAGCUGUCUGGUUCUGUCUCUUCUUCCAUCUCCCCAAACCCUCAGCACAGCCUGGUGCUGGGAUAAGUCAUAUUCAGAAAGCUUCAGUUUGUUUAUAGUCAGUGAUCUUUUCGGCUGUUCAAGUAACUGAUUUAGCCAUAGAGACUUAAUAAAGCUGGGAUUCAUCCCUUUGUCAGCAGCAGACUGCAAGCUGACUGUGGGCUGAAUUGUUCCCUUUCCUCUUGGAAACAGGUAAAAUCAUGUGCAGGCUGGGGAAGGGAGGCUGAAAACAUAUGACAAAACCCAGGCUGAAGGGCAAGAAUUAUGUCUGAUUGUGUGGAUUUGUGGGUUUUAAAGGUAACUCUGAUCUCAAAAGCCUGGGAGUUGCAGGUCCAUCUACUGCUAAGGUUUUUGGGAGCUUUUUCAUAUUCCAUGAGUUUAUAGAAGAAAAUCUCUCAGCCUAGGCAUGGUUGAUGGCUUUUUAAAUUAAAGUCAAUGCUGGAUUAUUUCUGUAAUAAAAUAGCUGUACUGUGUGUUGUUUCAUUUGCAUGUGACAAUGGACGCAGGGUUUUUAAAACAUUAAUGUAAGUAUCUUAAUAAAAGUUUGGCUCUUUUAGUAAGGCAUAUAUUAUAAAAUAGAAACUAGAAAAGACUAGACUUGCCUGCAGCAAAAUGGUUUGUCUCUUUCCUUUGUAGAUAUUUUUUUAUAAAUUAAAGCUAUAUAAAUGCUUCCUGGAGAAACUCUUACUAAAAUUGAAUGUUAAAAUAUUUUUUCUGUAAUGCAGAGUUUCUUUUCUUCAAGAAGAAGGAAAAAAAAAUAAAUCCUUGUUCCAUGUCUAAUACACCUUUGAAGUUGGUAAAAAUGUCAGUUCUUCUUUGGAUAACUUGCUCCUUCCCAUUGCGGGCAAUAUUGCAUAGUUCCUUAUGUGAGGCCUUAUGAGCAGUAUUAGAACUUAUUUAAUGGAAAGACUUGUUAAUUUUGUGUGACAUUUGUUCACAUCACCCCUGUGCCCCUCUCCUGUGUGACUAGUAAGAGGAAGCAAUAUCUCACUAUUCUGGUGACUUCCAAACUUUCUUAUAAACUCCUUUGAAAAAAUACAAGAAAAAAAGUCUAUGGAAAUGUUUGAUACCAGCAGGAAAAAAGUGUCAGGCAGCUUGGUUCUAGAGGCAGUGGUGGCUGCUGUAUAUAUUUUCUUGAAUGUUAAAAUGUUGUAUAAAAGAAUAUUCCUAUUGACUUUCUUCAUAAAUGAAGCCCACUGAAGUAAAAAAAAAAACAAAAAAAAACAACAACCUUCUCCACAAGAAGUGAUCAAGAAGGUUUCAGUGUUCUCUUACUCUCAGAUUAAACUUGUGAUGACAAAUCAA